GUAUCUGUUCAUUUUUAAGUCAAUGCAAAGAGUAAAACAUUGUGUUACUCUUUGAGUCAAUGUGAUAUUAUUAUACCUGUUGAAGUAGUCAAUUGAGAUGGCAUUACCAAUUACAGCUCUCGAAUAUAAUGAGAGCGGUAAAAAAUAUGAAUUUGAUGUGACAAAAUUUUCCGAGAUAGCUUCAUCAGAUGAAAUUAAGGAUUUACCAAUUGCUGUUGUUUCCAUUAUCGGAGAAUCUCGUAAAGGAAAAUCAUUUUUACUCAACUAUUUUCUUCGCUACUUACAACGAUACGAUCAAGAAGACUGGCUUGGUGAUCCAAAUGAACCAUUACAAGGAUUUUUGUGGACACAAGGUGCUGAAAGCUGCACCACUGGGAUCGUUUUAUGGCCAGAACCGUUAAUUGUUACCCGAAAAGAUGGGACAAAAAUUGCCGUUAUUUUAAUGGAUACUCAAGGGUUGUUUGUCGAUGCAACAGAACAAGAAGAUUGUAAUUACAUUUUUGCAAUCUCAUCCUUUCUCUCGUCUAUUCAAGUUUACAACCAACAGGAAAAUAUUCUGACCAAUGACAUAACCCUAUUAUCACGGCUUGCUGAAUAUUCAAAAGAGAAGCUGAAAAUUACUGGUUACAAAGGGAUACAGAAGCUUCUGUUACUUAUUAGAGACUGGUCUGCAAAUUGUGUUUAUCCAUUUGGAGCUGAUGGAGGAAAACAAUUUUUAGAUUCCAAGAGGAAUAAUCAAUCACAAUUUCAUAAAGACUGGCAAACUAUACAUGAUUGCUAUUCACAAGUUGACUGUUUUCUUAUGCCACACCCUGGAUUACAAGCCACUAGAAGAGGAUUUGAGGGUGAAAUAUCCAAACUCGAUGCUCAUUUUACCAACGUUUUACGUGAACUCGUUGAGAAUUUGUUGUCACCAGAAAAUAUUGUUAUCAAAACAAAUAAUGGAAAAGAGAUGAAAAUGUGGGAAUUCGUCGCUUUUUUCAAAAAUAUUUCUGAAAAUCUUCAAGAAGAUGGAUUUAUUCUUUAUGACGAGUUUUUGGAUAUUGAUUUUGAAAAUCAAGCAAGAAAUGCUUCAAUGUUGGCCAUGGCUGAAUUCAUGAAAAAAUAUAUCGAAUUAAAUCCACGCAAAGACGCUCAAAGGGUGCAUUACAGUAUUGUGAUUGCUCGAGCUUCAGCUACACUCUUUUACUACGAGAAGACCAAGGAUAUCGAUUCAGAGAUUGCAGUAAACUAUUUGGAAGAUUUUAACGAUUCUUUGGAUGACUAUUUAGAAAAAUUCUUUAACCGUUAUGCUGCAGGAUCGACUGAAGAAUCCAGUGAAAGUUCAUCGCAAAAUUCAUGGUAUCAGAGAAUGUAUUCCGGCUUUUCAACAGUUGCAUCAUUUUUGUUUUCUCAUUCUGGUACAACGGGCUUUGUUCUUGAUGUAUGUUUAGAAAUUUUUGAAAAUUAUUUUCAUGCGAAAACAAGUGCUAGAAAAAAUCAACGAAGGAAUCGACAAAGAAAUCAACGUCGAAGAUGAUCUUUUACAAUUAAUCGAAAUAUAAUUUACAAUCAGAAUCUUCAGACCAUAACCAGAACUACCUGUUCAUCAUAUCUCAGAUAAAGUAAUAUUUUGAAUAAUUCAUAAUUUCGCCGUUUGAAAUUUUGAGCCAUUUUAUUGUACAAACUGAUUCCAGGAAUUAAUUGUGUUCUAAACUUGUAAUGGAAAUGAAUCUUGACUUAUUGUCUCUAUAAUAAGUGACCAAUGAAUUCAUGGGUAUAUGAAAAAUAAUUUUUCUCUACCUUAAGUGUCAUCCUGAUUUGGAAAUUAAAGUUUGGAACUGAUUUUUGUUUCUAUGGAAA